GCGCGUGCAACCUCGCUCGCGCAAGAGACGCGUUCGAACGCUCCGCGAUUGUGUCGUUCCAUCCACAGAGGUUCCAUCGCCCCAUCUGCCAAGUCGCGUGUGCCGCCCUGUCCCUCUCGGUGCGUUCUAUCGUGCCGCUGUUCACGCAGCCGACAGCAUCGUGCGUCGCGGGCAAUUAAGCAAGAAAUACCUCUCGUGCGGUAAGACUGCGCGUCGAUACCCUUUUGCUUCUACCACCUAAAGGACAAAGCGUUUGCCGAAAUCAUGGCCAGCGGAUCUGGAGACAUGCCCGAACUCGCCAAGUGCCGAAACGUGUCGCUCUUGCUGGACGCACUGGAGCUGCGCGGCGACGACGAGGAGGUCAGGCGCGUCUUCCUCCAACCGAGCCGUGAGCGCAUGGAGAUGCUGCGCUGGGUCCUCAUCAGCACUGAUCCGUCCGGGGCGAGCAAGAACUACCUCAACCUUCCAACGGAGGAAGACGAGCUGUGCCAGUGCCUCGUGAAUGCACUAAUGCAGCUCAACUGCCUGCCAGAGGAUAAGUACGAGGAGUUCGUUCGUGGAACCUACGACAGCGAGGAGCAGCUACAAUUGUGGAUACUACUUCUGAAGACAGCAGAAUGGGCACAAGUCAACCACUGACCGACCCCUUUUCCCUUUCUUUUUCGACUAAUCCACAUUUCUGCCGAGGACCACAAGGGACAACUCACUACUGAAAUGGGCAGCGCUUGUAUAAUUUAAGGCUAAUUCAUCGGCGGCACCGCAGGAUAUGAGCACAAAUUACCAAGUCGGGAGGAAGUGGGCAACCCUGCUGAGUGAUCGAAGAGACCCGUGUUCCAGCUCAUCUAUUCCGAUACACUGAACACCGUAUUGGAAGGGCGGGAAAAUGAAGUAGUGAGCUCCAUGUUCCUCGCGUAAAUUUCGUGGCGUUGAAGAAGAAAGAAGGAAAAGUGCUGCUGCACAUGAGCAUUGAAGCACAUUCGCACUGUUCUGCCCUCUGUAAAAUUGAAGAGAAAAAAAAAAAUAAAAUGCAAAGG